GAUCGGAGCUUGUGCUGCUACUGCUACUAUACCAGCGCUAGCUAGCAGCAGCCGCCGGCCGGCUCGCGCAAGCUAAGGAAGGGUCGACAUGACGAUGGGGCUCCGCGUCCGCGACUCCUCCGCGCUGCUGGCUCUGGCCGUCGCGCUCGCCUGCUGCUCCGUUGCAGUGGUGGCCUACGACCCCCUGGACCCGAACGGCAACAUCACCAUCAAGUGGGACGUGAUCUCGUGGACGCCCGACGGGUACGUGGCGAUGGUGACGAUGAGCAACUACCAGAUGUACCGGCACAUCAUGGCGCCCGGGUGGACGUUGGGGUGGUCGUGGGCCAAGAAGGAGGUGAUCUGGUCCAUCGUGGGGGCGCAGGCCACGGAGCAGGGGGACUGCUCCAAGUUCAAGGGCGGCAUCCCGCACUGCUGCAAGCGCACCCCGGCCGUGGUGGACCUCCUCCCGGGGGUGCCCUACAACCAGCAGAUCGCCAACUGCUGCAAGGCCGGCGUGGUGUCGGCGUACGGGCAGGACCCGGCGGGGUCCGUCUCCGCGUUCCAGGUCUCCGUCGGCCUGGCCGGUACCACCAACAAGACGGUGAAGCUGCCCAGGAACUUCACGCUCAUGGGGCCCGGGCUGGGCUACACCUGCGGGCCCGCCGCCGUGGUGCCGUCCACCGUGUACUGGACGCCCGACCACCGGCGCCGGACGCAGGCGCUCAUGACGUGGACGGUGACCUGCACCUACUCGCAGCAGCUGGCGUCCCGGUACCCGUCCUGCUGCGUCUCCUUCUCCUCCUUCUACAACAGCACCAUCGUGCCGUGCGCCCGGUGCGCGUGCGGCUGCGGCGGCCACGGCGGCCACGCGGGUCCGGGCGGCUGCAUCGAGGGGGACUCCAAGCGCGCGCUGUCGGCCGGGGUGAACACGCCGCGCAAGGACGGCCAGGCGCUGCUGCAGUGCACGCCGCACAUGUGCCCCAUCCGGGUGCACUGGCACGUCAAGCUCAACUACAAGGACUACUGGCGCGCCAAGAUCGCCAUCACCAACUACAACUACAGGAUGAACUACACGCAGUGGACGCUGGUGGCGCAGCACCCCAACCUGGACAACGUCACCGAGGUCUUCAGCUUCCAGUACAAGCCGCUGCAACCAUACGGGAGCAUCAAUGACACUGGCAUGUUCUACGGGCUCAAGUUCUACAACGACUUUCUCAUGGAGGCCGGCCCGUUCGGCAACGUGCAGUCGGAGGUGCUCAUGCGCAAGGACGCAAGGACCUUCACCUUCAGCAUGGGCUGGGCGUUCCCGCGCAAGAUCUACUUCAACGGCGACGAGUGCAAGAUGCCGCCGCCGGACUCCUACCCCUACCUGCCCAACGCCGCGCCCGUCGUCGCCUCGCAGCUGGUCCUGUCCGCCGCCGCCUCGGCGUUCCUACUGUUGCUGCUCCUGGUGGCAUGACCGUGACCGAACCAAGGGCAAGGCCUCCGUUUUGUUUUCCCGUCUCGUCCCGUGGGCAGGGAGCAGACUUCAGUAGGCAGGGCAUUUUAUUUGGUUUUUUUGCCAAGGAUUCAACACUUGGGUUUUCGUCAGAGGAAAACUGUCGUGUAUGUAGUGUGAGUUGCAGGUCGUCGGAUCCCCACGUACAAGACAAUCUUUGGAUCUAGAAUAUGCAAAACGUGAAUCAGCACGCCAGGAUCAUCGUCUCCUACAAGAUUGGCAGAAAAAAAAUCUCAUGAUGAGUGAUGUGUCAACAGACCUAUAUAUAUGUGAUAAUCACUGGUUUCAA